AUGGAAUACUACGAAAAAGCCCUGGAAAUUGCAAUAGAACGAGGAGAUAAAGAAUACGAAACACGCGCAUACCUUGAUUUAGGAGUUGCUUAUAGCUGGAUCAAUCAUAUUCAAACGGCAAUAAAAUACCAUGAAAAAGCUCUGGAAAUUGCAAUAGAACGAGGAGAUAAAAGAGACGAAACACGCGCAUACUUUGAGUUAGGAGUUGCUUAUAGCUCUAACAACCAUAUUCAAACGGCAAUAAAAUACUAUGAAAAAGCCCUGGAAAUUGCAAUAGAACGAGGAGAUAAACAAGACGAAACACGCGCAUACCUUGACUUGGGAGUGGCUUACAGAUUGAUCAACCAUAAUCAAACGGCAAUAAAAUACCAUGAAAAAGCCCUGGAAAUUGCAAUAGAACGAGCAGAUAAAGAAGACGAAACACGCGCAUACCUUGAGUUAGGAGUUGCUUAUAGCUCCAACAAUGAUAUUCAAACAGCAAUAAAAUAUCAUGAAAAAGCCCUGGAAAUUGCAAUAGAACGAGGAGAUGAAAAAGACGAAACACGCGCAUACCUUGACUUAGGAGUGGCUUACAAAUUGAUCAAUCAUAAUCAAACUGCAAUAAAAUACUAUGAAAAAGCCCUGCAAAUUGAAUAAAACGGGCAAGUAAAGAAGACGAAACACGUGCAUACCUUGACUUAGGAGUUGCUUAUAGCUCAAACAAUCAUGUUCAAACGGCAAUAAAAUACCAUGAAAAAUCCCUGGAAACUGCAAUAGAACGAAGAGAUAAAAAAGACGAAACAAGUGCAUACCUUGAGUUAGGAUUCGCUUUUAACUCUAACAAUCAUAUUCAAACAGCAAUAAAAUACCAUGAAAAAGCUCUGGAAAUUGCAAUAGAACGAGGAGAUAAAAAAGAUGAAACACGCGCAUAUAUUGAGUUAGGAGUUGCUUAUAGCUCUAACAAUCAUAUUCAAACGGCAAUAAAAUACUAUGAAAAAGCCCUGGAAAUUGCAAUAGAACGAGAAGAUAAAGAAGACGAAACUCGCGCAUACCUUGACUUAGGAGUGGCUUACAGAUUGAUCAAUCAUAAUGAAACGGGAAUAAAAUACCAUGAAAAAGCCCUGGAAAUUGCAAUAGAGCGAGGAGAUAAAGAAGACGAAACUCGCGCAUACCUUGAGUUAGGAGUUGCUUAUAGCUCCAACAACCAUAUUCAAACGGCAAUAAAAUACAAUGAAAAAGCCCUGGAAAUUGCAUUAGAACGGGAAGAUAAAGAAGACGAAACACGCGCAUACCUUCAGUUAGGAGUUGCUUAUAGCUUGAAUAAUCAUAUUCAAACGGCAAUAAAAUACGAUGAAAAAGCCCUGGAAAUUUCAAUAGAACGAGGAAAUAAACAAAACGAAACAUGCGCAUAUCUUGACUUAGGGGAGGCUUACAGAUUGAACAAUCAGAUUCAAACGGCAAUAAAAUACGAUGAAAAAGCCCUGGAAAUUGCAAUAGAACGAGGAGAUAGACAAAACGAAACACGCGCAUACCUUGAUUUAGGAGUUGCCAAUAUUUUGAACCAUGAGAUUCAAACAGCAGUAAAGUACUAUCAAAAAGCAUUGGGAAUUGCAAUAGAACGAAGAGAUAAAGAAUACGAAACAUACGCAUACCUUUACUUAGGAGCUGCUUAUAGAUUGAACAAUCAGAUUGAAACGGCAAUAAAAUACGAUGAAAAAGGCUUAGAAAUUGCAAAAGAACAAGGAGAUAAAGAAAACGAGACACGCGCAUACCUUCAUUUAGGAGUUGCUUAUAGAUUGAACAAUCAUAUUCAAACGGCGAUAAAAUUCGACGAAAAAGUCUUGGAAAUUUCAAUACAACGAGGAGAUAAAGAAUGCGAAACACGCGCAUACCUUGAGUUAGGAGUGGCUUAUAGAUUGAACAAUCAUAUUCAAACGACAAUAAAAUACGAGGAAAAAGCCCUGGAAAUUUCAAUAGAACGAGGAAAUAAACAAAACGAAACAUGCGCAUACCUUGAAUUAGGAGUUGCUUAUAGGUUGAACAAUCAAAUUGAAACGGCAAUAAGAUACGGUGAAAAAGCCCUAAAUGUUGCAACAGAACGAGCAGACAAAGAAGACGAAACUCGCGCAUACCUUGAGUUAGGAGUGGCUUACAGAUUGAACAAUCAGAUUGAAACAGCAAUAAAAUACAAUGAAAAAGCCUUGGAAAUUGCAAAAGAACGUGGAGAUAAAGAAAACGAAACACGCGCAUACCUUGACUUAGGAGCUGCUUAUAGAUUGAACAAUCAUAUUCAAACGGCAAUAAAAUACGAUGAAAAAGCCCUGGAAAUUGCAAUAGAACGAGGAAAUAAACAAAACGAAACAUGCGCAUACCUUGAAUUAGGAAUCGCUUAUAGGUUGAACAAUCAUAUUGAAACGGCAAUAAAAUACGGUGAAAAAGCCCUAAAUGUUGCAAUAGAACGAGUAGACAAAGAAGACGAAACUCGCGCAUACCUUGAGUUAGGUGUGGCUUACAGAUUGAACAAUCAGAUUCAAACGGCAAUAAAAUACCAUGAAAAAGCCUUGGAAAUUGCAAAAGAACGUGGAGAUAAAGAAAACGAAACACACGCAUACCUUGACUUAGGAGCUGCUUAUAGAUUGAACAAUCUGAUUCAAGCGGCAAUAGAAUACAAUGAAAAAGCCCUGGAAAUUGCAAUAGAACGAGGAGAUAAACAAAACGAAACACGCGCAUACAUUGGACCAUCAGAUUCAAACGGCAUUGGAAUACGGUGAAAAAGCAUUAAAAAUUUCAAAGGAAAGAGUAGAUAAACAAGAGGAAGCACGCGCUUACAUUGGGUUGGGAAAUGCUUAUAGAUCAGUCAAUGAGAUUCAAACUGCAAAGGAAUACUAUAAAAAAGCCUUGGAAAUUGCUAAAGAACGAGGAUAUAAAUAUUGGGAAAACUUGACAAGAAACGUGAUUGAAGAACUUUCAAGAAUUAUAGGUACAGUAGCUUUUUAAUCUCCUUCCCAAGUAGGAGCUGGUCACGUGAUCUAUUAUGAUGUAGCAAAUUUUUAAUUAAUUAGCGUUGUUAUGUAAAAUUAGUAGGGCUGGGGAAUGUACCAUUUGGCUUUUGUGAUGUGUGCACGUGUUGUUCGCUUCAAUAAACAUGACAAAAUAUGCCAAAUUUUAGCAGAUCACAUGACUGGCCUCUACAUGGGUCUUUCCUCUUUCUGGGUGUUUUCAUGAAUUUUUAAAACCCAAAAAGCGUCUGAAAUUCAUUGUGAAAUAUGGAACUAAUUGAAGCCGUGGAAGGCUGAGAAUUAUCCAAGAAAACAUAGUCCAUUUAAUUCUCCUUGUUAUAUCAAAAUGUACUACUUGUUAUUUCACUUAUUUACCGGCUUCAAUUAUUUAUAGAACUGAAAAAUGAAGCUGAGGGUGGCAAGUGCAUGGGAACGACCAACAUGGCCGCCAUCUAUUUAAAUGGGGGUAACCGCUGGAAUAUUCUUGGCUUCAAUUUUACUAAAAGAGAUGCGCUAUCUAGUGUAUAUAAGAUAUCUAUGAUUUAAACCCCCCCAAAUACUCUUUCCUGCGUUUUAUAUGUGUCUUCGUGAGCGAAAUUUCUGACUUUCAUUCGCAUUCUCGCAAAAUAUUCUGGUUUGCAUUGCGCUUCUUAGUUUUUUUUUAGUUUCGUUUCAGUUUUUUUAGUUUUUUUUCUUCUGGUUUGUAUUGCGCUUCUUAGUUUUUUCAUCUUUAUACCUUAGUGAUAAACGCCGGCCCGCUCUUGAAGAUUUCUCAGCCAAUCAGAUUAUUCUAUUCUCACAGCUAAAAAUACUAUUUCUUGCUUAAAAUAGGUAGAACGUAUAACAAAUCUUCAGGGAACUCCUUUCUGACUUGCUUCGAUGUUUUAAAUAGUUGGGAGAUGUUCUGGAAGCAUGCGUUAGCAUGACUCUAUUUUAUUUUUUAAAUUUAGAUGCAGUUGAUAAGAACUGUAAUGCUACUAGUAUUAAAAUAUCCAAUACAUCAGACAGCGCUCAAUUUAAGAAUGAAAUUACUGAUAAUCUGGAGAAAAUACACAUUGAAAACAAAAGUAUCAGCGACGAUAGAAUUGCCUCUGCAGAACAGUUAUUGAUCUUGGGACGUUCUUACCAAAUGGAGGGCCGAAAUGAAGAGGCCAUCAAAAGCUACGAACAAGCAAUUCAAGUUGUGGAUGACAUAGAUCACAAUGACAUCAAAGCAAAAGCUUAUCAAUUCUUGGGAAAUGUAUCUACUGGAACUUCCGAAUAUAAGAAAGCAAUCGAGUAUUAUCGGAAGGCUCGUGAAAUAUCUCCAGACCUCGACGUAGUUGAGGUGGAAGUAAUAGCAUAUCAAUGGCUUGGAUACAACCACCUGCAGGUUGGUGAGUACGAAGAAUCAAUAGAGUAUUACAAGGAAGUGAUAAAACUUGCCUCACAGCUUGGAGACAGAAAGAAGACGCUUACACUUAAUGCUUACCUAGGUUUAGGAAGUGCAUUUAUUUAUUCUGGUAACUUUGAAUCUUCGCGAAAGUAUUUGCUAAAAGCCCUCACAGUAGCACAGCAAAUCGACGAUAAAGUUCUCCAAAAGGAAGCAUACAAAAACUUGGGAUAUGUAUACUGCAAGAGCUGUAACUUUGACGCAGGUGUGAAAUCGUAUCUGAAAGUUCGAGAAAUUUCUCAUGAUCUUGGUGAGAGAAAAGAAGAAGCUAACGCCUGUCUUAUGCUCGGUGCCACCUUUCAAGAAUUAAAGCAACACGAGAAAGCCAUCGACUCUUACCAACAGACUUUAAAAAUCAGUGAAGAAUUAGAGGAUAAAGAAAUGCAAGUAGUUGCAAUUCAGAGAUUAGGAACAUUAUAUUUAGUGCGUUGUGAAGAUUAUGAUUACGAGGAAGUGAUAGAAUGGUACGAAAAGGCGUUGGACACUCUUGAAACACAGCCCAGUGAUCAACUUCUGCAUGUGAAGGCUCUCACCGGUUUGGGAGACAAAGAAUUGGGGGACAAAGAACAAGUAGUUGCAAUUGAGAGAUUAGGAACAUUAUAUUUAACUUUGGCGUCAAUUUGUUGUAAGGACUAUGAUUACAAGAAGGCGAUAUAAUGGUACAACAAGGCGUUGGAAAUUCCUGGAACAGAGUCCAAUUAUCACCUCUUUCGUGAGAAGGUUCUAACUGGUUUGGGCGCUGCCUGGUUCAAUCUUGGAGAUUCUGAAAAAGCAAUUGAAUAUAUCCUCGAAGCUCAAAACGUUGCUGCAAAGGAAGCCGAUAUCGGUAAUAUCAUUGUUUUUUAACAAAUAUAGUUAUAUAUCUUUACCGGAAAGCAGUCAUGUAUAUUUUGAACAAGUACAUGAUUUUAAAUAUUUUGUAUCUCAUAAACUGGACAAAUUAAAUAUUGGGCUAACGUAAAGCAUUUGGUCUUUGUUCUUAAAGCAUAUCGUCACUUACUUCCCUCAAGCGCCGAGAUUGCUCUAAAUUUGGACAAAUCUUGUACCAAAACAGUCUGCAGAUGCUUCUCAAAAUCUUCUAUUAGCUUUGAAAUUCGAUGAUUUCUAGCUAGAUUUUAUCGUCAGCUCAAUUUUAUCUCCAUGAGGUAUCCUGAAUGCGUAAUGAGUUAAUGUGUGGACGCACAGAUUGGUAUAAUCGAAGUUGUUUGAAACAAAAUAUGUAAACAAACACGCGCGUGAGGAAAAUGGACUUGACUGCCAUUUUAAAUAGCAAAAAUUUCUGCUGCCAUUUACCGAGAUUUAAAUGUAGUGUAUUUAGUAAGCAUGCUUUUUAGUUAAGAAUAUGCUCAUGACAAAGUCUAACUUGUUCAGUUUUAAAAUAUUAAUUUUUUUCUUUUUAUUUGCAGACUCCAAGAAAUUAGGCGCUGCGCAUGCUCAAGAAAAUUUGCCAGGGCAAAAUGCAUCAUCAUCACAAGGACUAGGUAAAGUGCAAGAAUAUUUACAGACUAGCAAGUUUUCUAUGACAAGUUUUUAUGUGACAAUUUUUUCUAAAAAUUUGACAAUUUUUUCUUUGACAAGUGCACUUGUUCAAAUGCUAGCAUGCUACCUUUUGAACAAGUGCACUUAUCAUAGAAAAAAUUGUCAAAGUACAAAUUUUGUUUGUCUGUAUGGGCCAACAAAGAAAACUUGUCAAAGUAAUCUGAGAAUUUGAUGUGAUUGGCCAGUGGACUAUUCAUAAUUUUUCUGUCAUGGCGGCGAUAAACACCUUUUCGACUUUCCCUGACACGUUCACACCAGUAAAUAAAACUUGUCGUAUGAAAACUUGUCAUCUAAAAUUUGUUACAUAUACACGCGUGCACUUGGCAAAUAAAACUUGUCACAUAAAAACUUGUCAUAGAAAACUUGAACGUCUGCAUGUAACCGGCUUAAAGUGCAUAUGACAUGAAAUUUCUUAUUUUCUUAUUAAAUGAAAGAACCCUUUAAGCUGUAGUGUAACUUAUUUUUCAGUUUCUUGUUUUUAUGGUUUGUUCCCGAGAUAUUUCAAUUUGUUUGACAUGUAAAUGAGUGUGAAUAUAAUUGUUUUUGUUUGUGGAAACACCACGUAAAUUUAUUACGGCAAAGCUUUCGAUCCGUAAGCCCGGAUUUUCAUCAGUGCUAAUAAUAUGAUAAUAUCAUAAUAUCAUAUUAUUAGCACUGAUGAAGAUCCGGGCUUACGGAUCGAAAGCUUUGCAGUAAUAAAUUUACGUGGUGUUUCCACAAACAAAAACAAUUAUAUUUUAUCGCCAUGCAAACAUUCAAAGAGUGUGAAUAUGUCCACUAAUUUAUGACGUCACGUUGGUUGCAGGCUCCUUAAAACUGUUGAAUAUUUCUGCUAUCAUCCAGGAUAAUCAUUUCAAACUUCACUCACUGAUAAAUGUUAUGAAAUACAGGACAAAAACGUAAACUGAUAUCUACAGUUUUUAGAGUUAAUAGAUUUAUAGUCGGUGUAAGUUGAGCUUGCAAUCAACGUGAUGUCAUAAAUUAAUUAGCAGACAUGUUCACACUCAUUUACAUAUCAAACAAAUCAUACCAUACCAACAACAAACCAUAAAAACAAGAAACUGAUAAAUAAGUUACACUACAGCUUAAAGAGUUCUUUCAUUUAAGAAAAUAAAAAAAUUCAUGUCAUAUGCACUUUAACAGAUGUUAAAGAAGAGAACGUCAUUCUGGCUCAAUAAACAGAGCUAAUUAUUGGUAAGACACUUUAUACACUUCACUACCAACCACAAUGAAAUUAUUCGCUUAUAUUGAGCAAAAUAUAAAGUAAAAAAUAUGUACCUGUAAAUAUGUACAAUAAAAAUGUGUACCUAUAAUUCCAGUACCAGUGUUGCAUGCUAACUAAGUUGAGAUCAAUGCAGUUCUUUGAAGACACGAGCACAGAAACCUUGAGAAAAAUUAACUGGCAAGAAACACAAAAAAAAAAUACAAUUUCAGUGAAAAUCACCUUGUUGUUUACAAUUGUAAUAUUUUAUAUAAGCGAUAGUGCAAAAUUCUUGACACAAAACAAAUGCCAAAUGAGUAGAGAAUCAUGUUUUCACUGCAGUUAAACUUUUUGAGGUGGCUCUCUACAGUUUUAACGUUAUAGCGCACAAUUCUGCUUUAAUGCCAAUUAUUUUCUUACUUUUGAAGAUAUGAUCACUAAACUCAUAGUCUCGCACACAACAUUGUGUAAACAUUGUGUAAUUUUUGCUUUUAAAUGAUCUAAUACUUGAACAUUUAAAUCUGAAAAUAUAGCUUUUUCGGAGUUUUAUAUGUGUCUGAAAGAACUUUCUGACUUUCAGUCGCGUUUCUCUGAAAAUAUUGUCAAUUCUGGUGCACAUCGUGCUUAGUAUGACGUCUUCAGACUAAUUUGAUGCAAUUCGUUUGAGUAUUCUGACUAUCGUUAGGCACUAGGCUAAACGGACUUGACUGCCAUUUUAAAUGAAAGAAUAUUUAUGUGCCAUUUACAGAGAUUUAAAUAUUGUGUAUUUAGUAAGCAUGAUUUUUAGUUAAGAAUAUACUUACAACAAGUCUUGUUCAUUGAGAUUUCAGUUCUUAAAUUUCCAUUUGUUUUCUUUUUUAUGUGCAGACUCAAAGAAAGUUGACACUGCGCAUACUCAAAAAACGUUCGAGCCAGGGCAAAGUGCAUUGUCAUUGCAAGUGCCAGGUAAAGUGCAAGAAUAACCAGUGGCGAGCUAGCCAUGGCAACUGACAACUAUGCUAAUAAACCUGCAUUUAAUUAAUAAUUAUUCGCCGAAGGCGAGGUGAUUAUCGAUGAAUAAAAACCGAGAAGAAGUCCAGGUUUUUAUUCACGAUAAUCACCGAGCGUGAGGUGAAUAAUUGUUUUAGUAUAAUUUCAUAAGUGAUUAUUUGGAAAAAAAAAGAAAAUACACAUUUCUUCGUCAUUAAAUUGACAAAAAGGCUUCGGCCGCCAUUUUGAAAAUCGCUUACUAGGUGAUUAUCGCGUAAUAAUUACCUCAGAGGCAACCAAUCAGCGUGGAGAAUUUUCAAUAAUCACCUAUGUAAUUAUACUAAAUAAUUAUGUUAAAGCAAUGCAUUUCUAAAGGUUUGAAUAAUUCAAAUUAUUAAAAAUUGCCUAACAUCACCUGUUGCUAUGGUUUCAUUAUUAUGAAAUAACUUCAUGCAUGCAUCACUUUACAAUUCGACGCGAAACAGGUUUAUGUCUCUCCGAUUUUAGUUUUUUUUCUUGUUUAAUAUCCCUCGUAGGUACUUGGGUCAAGAAAACAUAACAAUAACAUCUCUGUUUUCCAAUAUUUUUCGUUAUGUUCAAAUAAAAAAGCAUUUUUGAAACCUUAUGCAUGCUUCGGAGUUACACCAAUAUUUUUAAAUUAAUAGAUUCCGAUGUUAAGGAAGAGAACGUCAUUCUGCUUCAAGAAACAGAGCCAGUCAUUGGUAAGACGCUUUAUGCAUUUGACCGUCAAUCAUGAUAAAAUUAUUGGAUUGUACGGGGCAAAUAAAAUAAAAAUGAUGUGCCUGUAAGCUACUUAAAUCAAAUAUAAACUACCUGUUCGAAUUUAAUGUUUGGCGUUAGCUGUUGUUUGUUUAACAAUUUCACCUGCAUGCAUGGUGACAUCAUUUUUUUAUAUAAAAGAACAUAUACUACGGAACUAGUUUUGCAUGUUAGUAAAUUGUUAGCCUUUGUUAUUGAAAUGAAAUAAUUGACAAGCUGUCAUGUUAGUUUUUAUACACAACGCAUUUUAGUCUUUUUUCAGCGUCACGGGACAAAAAUAAAUUGUUCCUAUCAAUGCCGAAAUUUGCCCAACUAUAUUGGCUGCAAGUAAUUGAAUAUCCGUACAGAGAAAUUUUAACGAACACUGCUGCCCCUAAAUAUGAGGGCUCAGAAGUAAAUGCCCUCUUUAAAUGACCGUCUUCAUCGCUUCACGUUGUUUCCGGCACCACCGUAAGCGUACAUGCAGAAAUAAUUUAACGUUUUAAUAUUGACAUUAAGGUCAUUAUGAAAGAACUACAUUUUCAGCGACCAGUUCGAUUUUCAUGAAAAAACUUGCACUUUACGCAUGCACUUUAUGAAAAACGUGCACUUUAUAAAAAAGCUUUUGAUUUUUUGCAGAGGAGUGGGCCCGUGUAGAUGCAUUGAUUGAAGAAAUGUGUAACCCAAGUAGAACAGAAAAAUUACCUAGUGAAGACUUGGUUCGUAUGGAGAAAUACAUCGAAAUUUUUUCUUUAUAUGCGUAUACUCGCCAAAUAUCAGCUAAGGAACCUUUCACCAAGAAAGUCCGUAAAGCCAUGACAGAAGAUGUUAAAACCUUGGCUCACACAAACGUAUUGGGUAAGAGCGUUCAUAAACGUGGUGGAAAUGAUGGAAAAUUUGCCAAUGGAGAUGAACAAAUUUUAAACUUUGCAAGAACCGAAGCAUCUAAAAAUGUUUCAGUUCAAAAGCUUGCAAGACUGAAUCAAACUUUGGCAUCCUAUAUGAGAUCCAUUGGUCAAAUUAAAUGUGGUCGUUUCCAAGGAACAUGCUUCCUUGUCACAGAAGAGCUGGUAUUAACUAACUACCAUGUUUUCAGAAUGAUAAAAGAAGAGAGAAAUUAUCUUCAAAAUCCCAACUUGUCCAUAACCGUUUCAUUUGAUUAUCUCCACCUCGAACAAACAGAGCAUGUUCUCACUGUAGAAGUUGAUGAAGAACGCGAUCUCCAGCUUGAGAACCCUUACUUGGAUUAUAAAUUCUUGUGUUUGAAGCAAAACGAAGAUCUCAGCGAUCGUGUUUCACUUGGACCUAUCGUCAGAAAUUGGCAAUUAUCGGAUGGUCGAGUUAUUAUCCUUGGCUACCCGGAAGGAAAGGAAAUGCAAGAUGAAGUCUGUGUUGUUGUCGGCUAUCGCGCCAUGCAGGAGACACUGAGGAAAAGAAAUGAACUGUUUGCUGGUGUACAUAUGACCAAUGCAGAACAUUUACUGGACGGAACUGGCAUCAAUCAAAGUCGUCUACCGUAUGACACUAGUCUUUUCUCUGGUGCUAGCGGUUCUCCUGUUUUUGAAAUGAAUGGAAACAUCGUCGCCAUGCACACGCAGGGAUAUCUUCUAAGACGAAAUGAAGGAAAUAUUCCCAACCAGCCAGAAAAUGUUGCGAAUCAGGAGCAAGAAAAUGUUCCCACACAAGGAAAUACCACAACAUAUUCGCUGAUGGAGUUUGGUGUCCAGUUUGUUUCGAUAUGUGAAGAUAUGAGGAGAUCUCAUGGUGAACAUGUUGUUAAAGACAUUUUUCCAAAUUAUAAAUUGAAUCCCGGCGAAGAGUCAAUGGAUUCAACCUAG